GCGAGCCGAAAAGACGUCGUCGGAAGUCGGGAGUGGUCGGGACUGUCGGGAGGGGCUGGAGGGAAUGGGAUGAAGUGGGCGAGGCGGCCAAUGGUUCGCCAGGUUCGCCAGGUUCGCCUUCGCUUCGCGAUCUGCUUCGCGAACAGUGUGGAGUGUGGAGAGGGAAACAGUGGGAAAGAAAGGACUAAGGAGCGGAAAAUGUCGAGCGAGAAUGACAGCGAGAUGGAUUGCUCGGACUCUGACUGCGGAGAUCCGGGCUAUGAGGACUAUUAUAACAUCCAGCCAUGGGGAGGCGACGUGGAUAACGACGUAGACCCGGAGCAAAACAGGAGAGAUCCUGAGUAUGCAGUGUACGAUUGUUUACGAGUCGAACAAGUGGAACGGCUUCUGAAUGAGAGCGUAGAGGUGUUAAGUACUAGCCUUCAUGUCACGCCAUCCCUAGCCAAAGUAUUACUGCACGCACACAACUGGGCGUCACAGGAUAUUGCCACCAAGUAUCGUACCAAUGCUUCCACUUUAUUAAUAAAUUCAAAGAUUAAGCCUACCCCGGAACAAGUGCCAGGAACAAAGAGUCAGCGGGGCAGCGUGUGUUUGGUUUGCGUCAUGGUUUGUCCCGCAGACAAAUUUGCUACACUCACGUGUGGACAUUCUUUUUGCAAAGACUGUUGGUGUAUGCAUUUUGAAGUACAAAUAACUCAAGGUAUAUCCACUGGUAUAAGCUGCAUGGCACAAGAUUGCGAUGUUCUAGCUCCAGAGGACUUUGUCCUUUCCCUACUUACUAAGCCUAACAUGAGAGAAAGGUAUCAGCAGUUUGCCUUCUGUGAUUAUGUCAAGUCUCAUCCACAACUUCGAUUUUGCCCUGGUCCAAAUUGCCAAAUUGUUUUGCGCUCUAAGGAACAACGCGCAAAGAGAGUCAAAUGUUCAUCGUGUAAAACUGUAUUCUGCUUCCGAUGUGGUAUGGAUUACCAUGCACCUACCGAUUGCAGUACAAUUAAAAAAUGGUUAACGAAAUGUGCGGAUGAUUCGGAGACGGCGAAUUACAUUAGUGCUCAUACCAAAGAUUGUCCAAAAUGUCAUAUCUGCAUAGAGAAGAACGGUGGUUGCAAUCACAUGCAAUGUUACAAUUGUAAGCAUGAUUUCUGCUGGAUGUGCCUUGGAGAUUGGAAAGCACAUGGUAGCGAAUAUUACGAAUGUUCGCGUUACAAGGAGAAUCCAAAUAUUGCACAUGAGAGCGUUCACGCACAAGCGAGAGAAGCUCUUAAAAAGUACCUUCACUAUUAUGAGCGAUGGGAGAAUCAUAGCAAAUCAUUAAAGUUGGAGGAGCAAACGUUAGAGGGGAUUAAGAUGAGAAUUAAUAAUAAAGUGAUGAAAGCUAGUGGUACAUGGAUAGAUUGGCAACAUCUAUUUGAGGCGGCGUCGCUUUUAGCGCGUUGUCGUUAUACUUUACAGUACACGUACCCAUAUGCCUAUUACAUGGAAUCUGGUCCGCGUAAAGAACUGUUCGAAUAUCAACAAGCUCAAUUAGAAGCAGAAAUAGAGAAUCUCUCGUGGAAGAUUGAACGAGCGGAAACAACAGAUCGAGGAGAUUUAGAAAAUCAAAUGGACAUCUCGAGGUAUAAUUAA